UCCACCGCACACACCACCCCCGAGACUCUGCUUUGGGAACUGGCCUGCUUCAACAGUUGAUACUACUAGUUGGAAGGCAACAAAGAUUUGUUGCUGCUAGCUAGCCAUGGCACGGGGGCGACCCAAGGGCAGCUCACCGGCGCCAUCGCCGUUGGCCGGAAGUUCAAUUGUUGCUGCCUCUUCCAUCCCGGCGCCUAGGCGAGUCCCAACUGUCCAGACCUCAUUCACCUCGAUUACGUUGCAGUCGCUGGCGGGUGAAUGGAACCCCGAGAUCAUAUGGUUGGACUACCAUGAGCAUGGUGUGGAAGGUGUGGAGCUGCUGCCACUCCCCCGCAUCUCUAGUUAUUCAGAUGUGCUAUUGAAGGAUCUCAUCCGCAAGCACGCCGCAAGAUUUGGAAUAGAAUGCGGUCUUGAUCUUGCUAAUGUCCCCCGCUCUCCAUCAAUGAACAUUCCACGGUCAGUGCCAGUUGGUGGGCAUGGAAGUGCUGGAGGAGCAGAUCCGAUGGGCUUUGGUGGUGCAGCGCAGCGCGGAAACAACACAGGCCAUCGUGGACCUGUGUGGACUGAUGAGAUGAUAGAUUCUGUCAAGGCUGCGUUCGAGUUCUAGUUCCAGCGUAGGGAGGCACAGUUUCUCAAACUAGUUGAUUCCAUGAGGGAGAAGGUUCUGGAAGAGAUAAAGGCUGUCUCUAUGGCAACAAGGGAGAAAGAGCUGACAGAAACUCUUGAUUUCUUCAUGGAGCACGUGAAAAAGCAUGCAGCUGUGGCGGCAGCGUUCCCAGUGGAGAUCCCAACUACACCUAGAACAACGUCGGCAACAGGAACAAAAAGCAUAUAGUUUACUAAAAAUUUGUUGUACUACUGUACUGGCGGAGGAGUUAGCUGCUUCUUCAAGGGAAGCAACUCAUGCCAUGAUGGUUGUGGUUGUUGGUAACCAAAAAACCUUUGGAGUGGGUCCAGCCCUAAACACAUGUCCAGAUGGCACAAAUGAAGAGAAGCCUGAUAUUGGAGAGGUGGGGCGAUCUACUGCUCGGGCUGCUAUGCCAGACGCCCAUGCAAGUGAUGAUCUAGAAGACAAACCAUUGAUUAUUGAUCGCAAGGGCAAGGGGAAGGCGAUUGAAUAUCCAGUUGGGGCACCAUGAGCCCAGCGUUAGAAAACCAUGCACGAGCUCCUUGGCCCAUCUUCUGCACAUGUAGCUGUACCGGCAUCGGCUCCUCUUGUUGACACGUCGAUUAUGUACGCGAUGACUGAAGAUGCUCUGCCAGCAACACUUGCUAUUGGAGUGGAAGGAGCUACAGCUGGUGUUCAUGCAAGAUCGUCCGCUAUGUACACUCCAAUUAGAAACAAGAGGCUUUCUGUGUCUAACGUGCAUGAAAGCCCAGAUAUGGCUCCUGCUCCUUUGGCAGUCAUUCAUCCAGAUGCUUAUCUUGUGCCGGACCCUGACUAUGGGUACUCACCUUUCGAGGUAGAGCUGGUACAAGUCCAGUACCCUGAUCACAUAUGUGAUGAAUUCUACGAGAAUGCCAUGUUGCUAUCUUGCUCUGAUGGACUUGGGAGGGUUUGGUUUGAAAGCGUUCGGCCAACUCCGUUGAAGCUAGAUGGUAACAAAAUGAAGAACCAAUACAGUUUGAAUGGAGAGAUGGGUUACAAUGGUAUGGAGGCAUGGGUUCGUGGCUUCAAUGAGAGGGAGAUUAUGAUGAUGGAGAGUGUUGGCCUUCCUCUAUGGAGGGGGAUUGUAUCGCCUGAUGUGUCACUGCACCUUGAGAAUCCAUACACUCGCGAGGCUAUGGUAACUUUGCGUGCUUUACUGUCUUCCCAGAACAUUGGAUUUCAGCUGAGGCUAUGCAGGAUGAUCAUGGCUCCUAUAUCAAUCACUAGGGAGUGGUGCAUGUACGUCUUUGACAUGAAGCUCAAAAGACUCAACGUGCUUGAUCCAGUUUAUACAGAGCACACCAAGCAUCAGUACAGAGACAAGCAUUCAUCCAUAAUUUGCAACAUGCUUAAUGGUUUGAAGCAUGUUGGGGCUAUGCUUGCUGACGGGUGGAACAUGGAUAUCUCGGAUUAGCAUGUGAGGUACAACAAGAACAUGCACGCUGCAUCCGGCAGCGGGGAGUCUGCCGGUUAUAUUGCUUACUACGCUGACAACUUCAAUGGUACACGUCUGGAGCACGAUGUGCCACAGGUUGGUCUGCCGGCCAGGAGGAGGAGGAUGUUGUACGAGACUAUGGUGGCCAAAGGAAAUUCUGCUCCUCGUCAAGGAAUCAUGGAGCAAGUGACAAUGGAAGAGUAGCUCUUGAAGCAGCGAGGCGUCGGAUUUGUCCGCGGGUUUAGGUUAGAUGCAACCUGCAGGAUAAUCAUUUUGGUGGUGCGGACGCUUUGAUGGAUUAGCGAGGUUGAAGUGUGAUUUCCAGGACGAACUUGGGUUGCUUUAAUCAUUUUGGUUGUAAUAUGUCAGUUAAGUUGAUGCUGUCAACGAACCUCCCUGUGAAGGAAUCAAGCCAUGCAUGGCUUCUGAUUAAAAAAUUGCAUGCGCAUGUA